CUCAGUAGCUGAGGUAGGUUUGCUCUGCAUCUCCUGGUGACCUAUCCCAGGACGGUGAGCGCUGUACGGGACGCUGCCCGGGACCCGGUACCUGAUAAAGCUUUUUUGGUUGCCCCUGAAGGGUGUUUCGUCUGACUUGGUCCCAGUCUUGUCACCGACCCAGAAGGUGCAAAACUGGUAGAGAAGGAAGUACAGUGGAUGUAAUCUGAGCUGCGGUAAGGAAGUGAAGAACUUGCAGAAGGAGCUUUUCGCCUUGCUUUGGCUACACCUUUGCCAUCAACAGGGCCCAUCAUGGCAUCCAGUCCCACUGUGUUGAUGCGGUUGGUGGCUUCAGCAUAUUCUAUUGCUCAAAAGGCAGGGACGAUAGUCAGGCGUGUUAUUGCCGAAGGAGACCUGGGCAUCAUUGAGAAGACCUGUGCAACAGACCUGCAGACCAAGGCUGACCGAUUAGUUCAAGCAAGCAUAUGUUCUUCAUUGGCACGGAAGUUCCCCAAACUAACAAUUAUAGGGGAAGAGGAUCUGCCUCCUGAAGACGUGGAUCAAGAACUGAUUGAAGAUGGUCAGUGGGAGGAGAUACUGAAGCAGCCGUGCCCAUCACAGUACAGUGCUAUCAAGGAGGAAGAUCUUGUGGUCUGGGUUGAUCCUCUGGAUGGUACCAAGGAAUAUACCGAAGGUCUUCUUGACAAUGUAACAGUUCUUAUUGGAAUUGCUUAUGAAGGAAAAGCCAUAGCAGGAGUUAUUAACCAGCCGUAUUAUAACUACCAGAACAAUGAAAAUCAGAAGUUAAGGGAACCCAGGAAUGACACCAAGGCAGGACCAGAUGCUGUGCUGGGGAGAACUAUCUGGGGAGUUUUGGGUUUAGGUGCCUUCGGAUUUCAGCUGAAAGAAGUGCCCGCCGGCAAACACAUCAUCACAACUACCCGGUCCCAUAACAGCCAGUUGGUUACGGACUGUGUCACUGCUAUGAACCCUGAUGAUGUGCUGAGAGUGGGAGGAGCAGGAAAUAAGAUAAUUCAGCUGAUUGAAGGCAAAGCCUCUGCUUAUGUAUUUGCAAGUCCUGGAUGCAAGAAGUGGGACACCUGUGCUCCAGAAGUCAUUUUACAUGCUGUCGGAGGCAAGUUAACCGAUAUCCAUGGAAAUGCCCUUCAGUAUAACAAGGAGGUGAAGCACAUGAACUCAGCCGGAGUUCUGGCCACACUGAGGAAUUAUGAUUAUUAUGCAAGUCGAGUUCCCCAGUCUGUUAAAAAUGCACUUGUUCCUUGAAGGGAAAUCUCGUCAACUCAGCCAGGAGAAGGACUUGGUUCUCAAAAAUAAUACAUUUUAAAACUACUUGAAUGGAAUUUGAGCUCCACUUUUACUUCAUUGUUGAUCACCAGUUUACAUUUGAUUACUUAGAAGUAUAAAAUAGAAUUUUUAAAUGUCUUGGUAAAUCAAUCACCCAGACCAAUUUUGACAUCUGGAAAAUUUGCAAGGUCACUCUGUGUCACAUUUCUUUUCCUCCUUUUACUUGGAGCAUUGAAAGAAAAGUACAUUUCCAAUUGGCUGUCCUGAUCCAUUGUUGAAUCAACAUUCCUAUUUUGUAAACCAGAUUUCUCUAGGGCACAGAACCAGUGUUACCUGAAUCUCAUUCUUGUCUUUCAGUGUAAUGUAAAAAGUUUCCCUACUCCCAUCCUGAUUACAUUAAAAUGUCAUUGUAUGUGUUGAAGAAACAGAUUUUAGAGAAAUGUCUCUUUAUAAUAAAUUAUUUACUUUUA